AUGGGUGAAAAACACAUGAUAGCUUUUCUUACAAUGGCCAUGAUCCUGUGUCUUAGCUCAGUCGUCCAUGCUAUUCAAGGGAUGGCUGUUUUUUAUGGAACGCCGCCUUAUCUUCCUUCAGCAUGCUAUGGGAACCAAAAUAAUGGAAUAAUGGUGGCCGGAGUAAGCGAUGCGUUGUGGCAAAACCGAAGAGCAUGCGGCAAGAGGUACAGAGUUAAAUGCAUAGGAGGAGCAAACAAAGCACCGCAUCCUUGCAAGAAUGGUAAAAGUGUGGUGGUUAAAGUUGUCGACUACUGUAAAGCCGGAUGCCAGGGGAUCAUCAACCUCUCCCGAGAUGCUUUCUCGACCAUCGCCGAUCCCGACGCCGGUAUAGUCCGAGUCGAAUUGAACGAGUGA